AUGGAAUGGCGUUACAUUCAGUUUCUUGAAAUAAUCUCCUUCCAUAUACUACUAAGUGGCGCACAUUCAGCAGAAUCACGUGACAACCGGCCUCGGAUCGGACGAACCAGAUUUUCCAAUCAAGCCGCAGCAGCAGACAGCAGCAGUGCAGUUUCCCCAAAAUCCCAACGAGGCCAGAAAGAAGUAAUUUAUUUCUCUUUUUUUCCUUGGCCUACAGAUAAAAUGCAUUGUUUCCGAGCAGCUUGCCGGCUGCUGUCUUCCACAGCCCCAGCGCCGUUACGCUCAACCAGAGCACUUCCUUCCCUCCAACCUCGCCUGGCAGUUCCUGCCCGGAUUUCGCAGCCUACUUUGCAGAGUCGUUGGAAUAGUACCGAUGUGAACAAUGAGCGCAAACCUGUAGAGGAGAGCGAGCAGCGCGAGAAGACCGAGGAGGUGGAACAGUCGCGCGAAGAGCCCUCGAUUCGGUUUAUUCAGACAGAACUGAAGGCUGGUAGCCAGAGGCCGGUUCAGCAGGAGAAGCCGCAGGAGCAGGAGCAGGAGCAGGAGCAGGAAACAUCUGACGCUGAGAAGCAGACGGAAGCGCGGAGGCGACGACUCCAGGAGCCGCCGACCCCCAAGGAGACGGUUUUCAUUGGCAAUAUCUUCUAUGAUGUGACUCGUGAGGAUCUGAAGAAGGCGAUGGAGAAGUAUGGUGUUGUUGAGAAGGUGGUUCUCGUUCUUGAUAACCGGGGCAUUAGCAAAGGAUACGGCUAUGUCCAGUUCGACUCUAUCGACGCCGCCCAGCGCGCAGUGGAUGCCUUGAACUUGCGUCUGUUCGAGGGCCGCCGCGUGACCGUGCAAUUCGCUCAGAACAAUGUCUACCACCGCCGGCAAUUGAACGCUCCUACCCGCACGCUGUACAUUGGUAACUUGCCUUUUGAGAUGACGGACCGGGACCUCAACGAGCUGUUCAAGGACGUUCAGAAUGUCGUUGAUAUUCGUGUGGCGGUUGAUCGUCGCACUGGACAGGCUCGCGGUUUCGCUCACGCUGAGUUCGUCAGCACUUCUAGUGCCAAGGCGGCCAUGGCUGUCCUUGAGAACAAGCUCCCGUACGGACGCAGACUGCGUCUGGAUUACAGCAAGGCCACGAGCCGGACCGUGGUUGGCAACGACAAGUCUGCUCCCGCGGAGCAGUCAUAA